UCCUUUGCCGAUGAUAUCUUCGUCAAAUUAACCACCUUGUGGCAAUGGACAUGUUGCAACCAAACUCAGUACGUGCCUGCGUACGAAGCGACCUAGAUUUUGACAUGGCGGGGCAGCAGGAGCAACCGGAGAUGGCGCCGCCUCCGCCGCGGCGGCGCGUCGUGUGCGUCACCGGCGCCGGCGGGUUCGUCGGCUCGUGGCUCGUCGAGCUCCUCCUCUCCCGCGGCUACGCCGUCCAUGCCACGGUCCGUGACCCAGACGAUCCCAAGAACGCGUUUCUGAAGCAACUGGAGAAUGCUCCGGAGAAUCUGCAACUGUUCGAGGCCGACGUGCUCGACUGCGGCUCACUGACGGCGGCGUUCGCCGGCUGCGAGGGUGUCUUCCAUCUGGCCACUCCGGUGCCGGAAGAAAAGAUCGUUGAUCCACAGAAGGAGAUGAUGGCUCCUACCGUGGAAGGCACCAGAAAUGUACUCGAGGCUUGCUCAGCUGCGAGCGUUCAGAAACUCGUCGUGGCCUCCUCCAUUGCUACUGUUUGCCUUAACCCGAGCUGGCCUCAAGAUAUGCCGAAAGAUGAGACUUCCUGGUCAGACAAGAAGCUCUGCAUUGAAAAUGAGGAUUGGUACUCUGUUGCCAAAAUCGAAGCUGAAGAGAUGGCCCUGGAAUACGGAAAGAAAAAUGGGCUUCAUGUACUUACGAUUUGUCCUGGAAUUGUUUUUGGCCCAAUGUUGCAGACAGUGGAAAUCAACACAAGCAGCAAAGUGCUCCUCUAUAUGAUUAAGGGAGGAGACGGCCCUCACGUUAUGAACAACAAAUUCUGGCCCAUGGUAGAUGUCCGUGAUGUUGCUGAUGCUUUACUUCUAGCAUACCACAAGGCAGGGCCAUCUGAGCGGUACUUAUGCACUCUAGAACAGAUGGACCUGAAACAUUUAUUGGAUCUGAUGAAGAACAUGUACCCUAACUACAAUUAUGCAGACAAGAUGGUUGAUGUGGAUUACAAGGUCGAAGUGACAUCAGAGAAACUGAAGAAUCUGGGCUGGAACCCAAGGAAACGGGAGGAGACACUUGCGGACAGCAUCGAGUUCUUUGAGAAGGCAGGCCUUCUAGAUGGGCGACCUUGCCGGCUUCCCUAUUUCGCUGUCCAGGAAUGAACUGAAGAUGGCCUUGGUCCCAAUUCUCAGCUAAUUAAUCUUCCCCAUUUACUAGUAUGGAUGCACCUUGUAAAAAAAGUUAAUGCAUGUUUUUUUUAUGUAUCUUGUACUGAUACUUAGGAGGCCGGUAUCAUGUAUACUUACAAAAAGUUGAUCAUAGCUACAGUUAAUACCGAUUUUUCUUUCAUGCA